ACAAAACACGUAAUCGCUCGAUUUUGGGUAACCUAUAUAAAUCAAUGAGACUUUUGGGUAAGGCAUCACUGAAUUGCCAGCUAUUCAACCCAUCGACAUGAAGAUUUGCAUCCUUUUAGCCAUUGCUGCGUGCGCGACAGCAUUUGUUUUGCCGGCCAAGGACGAUCUUCAAAGUUUAAUCAGUGACGCUCAAAAAGCUAUACAAGAAUCCGAUUUACCUGAAAGCAUGAAACAAGAACUGACUAACCUUCUCAAUGAUCCCAAAUUCGUGGAAGAAUUGCUUGCCAACAAUGUCGAAUCGUUCGCCGCUUCAAUGAGAACAGCUACAGCUGAGCCGGCCGAGCGCUGCUUGUUCGUGAUGGCUCUCCUCAUAGCUCAGUUGGUCCAGAGCAUGACGACCACGGUUGCCACAACUGUUGCCACUACUGUUGCCCCGUAAGAAACGCUUGUUGAACGGAAAAGUCACAAGUUUAUUCAACAUAAAACAACGUAACCCCCCUAACUCUUAUAAACGAUAAAUGUGGUGACUGUUUACACACUGGCUAAUGGAGGAAAAAAACUAUUCGUGAAACGUGUAAUACAAUUUUGGAAUUGGGAGCAUA